UCCCACUACAAGGACUGCUGUGCAGUGAUUUCCCUGUGCAUGCAUCUGCAGCUUCCUGCCACUCAUACUUGCCCCCUCCUGUGACUUCCUCCCGGCUACCUUCCUGUGAUCACAGUCCAGGGGCGAUGAUCGGUUCAGCGGCCAGGUUGGUCCAUGACCGGGAUGUAGCCAAUGGCUACGGCACCAAUGAGAAGGCUCUGAAAUACCUCAACCAGGACUACGAAGCACUGAGGAACGAAUGCCUCCAGUCUGGGACUUUGUUUAAGGACCCCUCUUUUCCAGCCAUCCACUCUUCACUGGGGUUCAACGAACUGGGACCAAACUCCCCCAAAGUGCAGGGGCUGGUGUGGAUGAGACCCACGGAGCUGUGUUCCAGUCCCCAGUUCAUCUCCGGAGGAGCAACUCGGACAGACAUAUGUCAAGGAGCCCUAGGUGAUUGCUGGCUGUUGGCUGCCAUUGCCUCUCUCACCCUCAAUGAACAGGUCCUCUCCCGGGUGGUCCCAAAAGAUCAAAGUUUCCAGGAGAAUUAUUCAGGGAUCUUCCACUUCCAGUUCUGGCAGUUUGGAGAAUGGGUCGAUGUGGUCAUUGAUGACAGACUCCCAAGCAAGAAUGGGGAACUCGUCUUUGUUCACUCAGCCGAAGGGACUGAAUUUUGGAGUGCCCUUAUGGAGAAAGCCUAUGCAAAGCUGAAUGGGUCCUAUGAAGCUCUAUCCGGCGGAGCCACCACCGAGGGAUUUGAAGAUUUCACCGGGGGUCUUGCUGAGUGGUACGAUCUGAACAAAGCUCCAAACAACCUGUUCAAGAUCAUACAGAAGGCCCUGAAGACAGGUUCUCUCCUGGGCUGCUCCAUAGAUAUCACAAGUGCCGCUGAGACCGAGGCGAUCACCUUCCAGAAACUGGUGAAGGGUCACGCAUACUCCAUCACCGCCGCAGAUGAGGUUCAGUACAGAGGAGGUCUGGAAAAGCUCAUCAGAGUCCGGAAUCCAUGGGGAGAAGUGGAGUGGACGGGAGCUUGGAGUGACAACUCCAGUGAGUGGAAUUCCGUGGAUCCCAGUGAGAGGGACAGGCUGAUUAAGCGAUGUGAUGACGGUGAAUUCUGGAUGUCAUACAAUGAUUUCUUGAGACAGUUUUCGAGGGUGGAGAUCUGUAACCUCACCCCGGAUACCCUGAGCUCAGACAAAUACAAGAAGUGGAGUCUGGUGAAGAUGGACGGGACAUGGAGGAGAGGAUCCACCGCCGGAGGGUGUCGCAAUUACCCAGACACCUUCUGGAUGAACCCGCAGUACUCAAUAAAGCUGAACGAGGCGGAUGAUGAUCCAGACGAUGGAGAGGAAGGCUGCACGUUCCUUGUGGGUCUGAUACAGAAGAACCGGAGGAAGGCUCGGAAGAUGGGGGAGGACAUGCACACCAUUGGCUUCACCAUCUAUGCGGUCCCACCCCAGCUUCAAGGACAGACCAAUGUUCACCUGCCUAGAGAUUUCUUCCUUCGGAACAAGGCCAAAGAUCGCUCCGACACCUUCAUAAAUCUUCGAGAGGUUCUGAACAGGUUCCGGCUGCCUGCAGGAGAAUAUAUCAUUGUACCAUCGACCUUUGAGCCCAAUAAAGUAGGAGAUUUCUGUGUGCGGGUUUUCUCGGAGAAGAAUGCAGAGUCCCAGGUUGUUGAUGAUAAAAAUGAGGCCAACAUUGAAGAGCCGGAUCUCAGUGAAGAUCAUAUUGAUCCAAACUUUAGAAAGCUUUUUCUGCAGCUGGCCGGUGUGGAUAAGGAAAUCUCGGCAUUCGAGCUGCAGGGAAUUCUACAGAAGGUCAUUUCCAGACAACCCGAUAUCAAAUCUGAUGGAUUCACUUUAGAGACGUGUAAGAGCAUCGUGGAUCUGCUGGAUUCUGAUGGGACAGGAAAACUGGGAUUAAAAGAAUUCAACAUCCUCUGGGCUAAACUGCAGACAUACCAGAAAAUUUAUCGCAAAAUUGAUGUGGAUCGCUCUGGAACGAUGAAUACCACUGAGAUGAGGAAUGCCCUUGAAGCAGCAGGAUUUAAGCUGAAUUCUCAAAUCCACCAGCUGCUUGUGGCUCGCUUUGCUGAUGACAAUCUCUCCAUUGACUUUGACAAUUUUGUAAGAUGUCUCAUCCGCCUGGAAAUAAUGUUCAAAAUCUUCAAGCAGAUGGAUACAGAGAACAGCGGAGUUGUACCUCUCUCUUUCUUUCAGUGGAUGACAUUCACGAUCAUGUGAUCAGAAGUCCAAAACCAACAAACUAGAAUAACCAACCAGAUAGAAUGCCGACUGCAAGAAACCUUCCUGUUAUGUAUCUGACCCGGGUGCCUUUAGAGAAAAUGCUGUCUGAUCUAUCUGACGAUCCUCAUAGCAGCAA